GGGCUCAGGGGGGCUCCGUGGCCCGGGCUCUGCUGGACGAUGGGACCUUCAAGGUCCGCGCGGUGACGCGGGACCCCGCGAAGAAGGAGGCCAACGAGCUGAAGCAGAGGGGAGCUGAAAUCGUGAAGGCGGAUCAGGACGAUGAGCCGUCGCUGGAGCUGGCCUUGGCGGGUGCUUAUGGAGCCUUUGUUGUAACCAACUUCUGGGAUCACUUGAGCAAAGAGAGGGAAAUCGCGCAGGGAAAGCGGCUUGCUGAUCUGUCAAAGCGCCUGGGUCUGCGCCAUGUCGUGUACAGCGGCCUGGAGAACGUGAAGAAGCUGACCGGGGGCCAGCUGGAGGUGCCCCACUUUGACAGCAAAGGUGAGGUGGAGGAGUACUUCCAGGACAUUGGCGUUCCCACCACGAUCAUCCGGCUGCCGUGCUACUUUGAGAACUUCCUCUCCUUCUUCAAGCCGCAGAAGGUCCCGCAGGGAGAUACCUUUACCCUGGCGCUGCCCAUGGAGGACACUCCCAUGGAUGGGAUGGCAGUGCAGGACUUUGGGCCUGUUGUCGUUUCCCUGCUGAAGUCCCCGGAGGCGUACAUAGGCCAAGUGAUCGGGCUCAGCACUGGCAAGCUCACCGAGGCAGAGUAUGCUGCUGUCUUCUCCCAGCAGACGGGCAAGACCGUGAAAGCCAGCAAGCUCUCACCUGCGGAUUUUGAGAAACGUGGCACCCCUGGCGCCAAGGAAAUGGCCAAUAUGUUCCGUUUCUAUGCCCUGAAGCCAGACCGCAACGUGGACCUGACCAUGAAACUCAACCCCAAGGCCCGCACCUUCCGUCAGUGGGUGGCAGACAACAAGGCUGCCUUCUGA